AUGAGAAACAUCUUUUGGGAUGAUCUGAACAGCUCCUGCAGCAACGCAGGCAACAGCUGCUACCUGGAAAACAGCAUGAGGUUCAACUUCACCCUCCAAGAGCAGGCAGCUGAUUUCUACAUUGUCCCGCCCGUGAUCUACUCUGUGAUCUGUGCUGUGGGGCUCACAGGCAACACUGCUGUCAUCUAUGUGAUCCUCAAGGCCCCCAAGAUGAAGACUGUGACCAACAUGUUCAUCCUGAACCUCGCUAUCGCUGAUGACUUGUUCACCCUUGUCUUGCCCAUCAAUAUUGCAGAGCACCUCCUCCGCUACUGGCCCUUCGGAGAAAUCCUCUGCAAGGUCAUCUUGUCCAUAGAUCACUACAAUAUCUUCUCUCUUCUCCAGCAUUUAUUUCUGACAGUGAUGAGCAUAGACAGGUACCUGGUGGUGCUGGCUACGGUCAGGUCCAAGAGGAUGCCCCACCGCACGUACCGAGCAGCCAGGAUUGUCAGCCUGUGCAUCUGGAUCCUGGUCACCAUCAUAGUCCUCCCUUUCAUCAUCUUUGCCAAUGUCUACACUGACGACCUGGAGAUCAAGAGUUGUGGUCUCAAUUUCCCCAAGCCUGAGAGAUUUUGGUUCAAAGCCAGCAGGAUCUACACCCUCAUCCUUGGCUUUGCCAUUCCAGUAUCCACCAUCUGCAUCCUCUACACCAUGAUGCUCUACAAGCUGAGGAGCAUGCACCUGAACUCCAAUGCCAGAGCCCUGGACAAAGCCAAGAAGAAAGUCACCAUCAUGGUCUUCAUAGUCCUGGCUGUGUUCCUCUUCUGUUGGACCUCUUUCAACCUGGCUACCAUUGUGGCUUUGACCACUGACUUACCCCAGACCUCCAUGGUCAUUGGGAUAUCCUACUUCAUCACCAGCCUAAGCUAUGCCAAUUCAUGCUUGAAUCCUUUCUUGUACGCUUUCCUGGAUGACAGUUUUCGGAAAAGCUUCCGGAAGCUGCUGGAAUGCAGAACUUCUUGA